UGCAGUAUGCCGGUGGAUAUAGGUGGCGCGCCAGCGUGAAGUGUGGUGAAAGGUAAACACGCCGAGAAAGUAAUAAAUUCAAAAAAAUAUUAAAUAUGUCGAAUUAUACAAAAGAUUAUAUCGAAAAUAAAUUAAAAACUGAACUAGAAACAACCCAUGUUGAAGUUGAAGACUUGUCCGAUGGCUGUGGAGCUAAAUUUAAUGCUCUUAUAGUUACUUCAAAAUUUGAUGGUAAACCCUUACUUCAAAGGCAUAGAAUGGUGAAUGAAGUCCUAAAAGAAGAAAUGAAAGUUAUUCAUGCUUUUACUCAAAAGACAUUAACCCCUGAACAAUGGGAAAAACAAAAAUUAACAUCAGCAUAAUUGUAGAGAAUUAAAUUUUUUUAAUAAAUUGACUGAUAACUUUUUAUUUUCUAAUUAUUAUUUUAAUGCAAUUUAGCAUUAUUAUAAA